AGUUCUAAUACGAAAAAUGUAAUCGGUGUAGCUUUAUUCCGCUAGCAAAGUUUGUAUUAUUUUUGGCCAUUAAUAUUUGUUCUAUUAAAGGAAAAAUAUUGAUUGUGUAAUAUUGAGUGUAGUUGGUCCGAUUUGUGUAUGUUCAAAUAAGAAAUAAUUCCGUGUUACUCUCUAAUUUGUAUUGAAAUGUUUCUACUCAGUAACAAAGGAAAUACGAAAUGUAGAAACAAGUGAGAACAGUGCAGAUGGAAUAAAAGUGCAAAGGGUAAACAGAAGAAAGAAAAUGAAUAGCAAUUAAAAUGAACCAUACAAAGGCCGAAUCAAGACGUAUAAAAAAUUAGCCGUGGAGAAAUAUGAAAUAAAUGUAAAUUGACUUUUUUUUUGCUUCGCGAUAUUUGCAUCAAUUUGCAUUGAUUCUUGUGAAAAUAGUAUGUGCUUUGCACAUGCAGUAUAUUAAAAGAUUAAAAACAAAAACUCAAUACGUAAAUAAAUUGGAGUGAUUUCUUGACUAGUAUAAGAGUGCAGUUGCAUAAAAACCUGAAGCUGUAACGCUGACGUCAAUAUAGGCAACAAAUAGUAACGCAAAUAAGUGGUGUUAAAGAUUCUUGAGCAGAUUGUGUAAAAAUUAUUUUAGUUAAAUGGAAGUAUCGGAUGGAUCACCACCUCCUUCAUUGUGCAUUGUACGAGCCGCUGAAUUUUUCCCAAAAUCAGAAAUGGAGAAGGAAGAUACACAGUUGACAGUUCCCUUUCAAGAACUUGCUGGAGAAUCUGUCAAAUAUCUGGGUCGUACUGACGAUGGUGUAUUGGCGCUCUCUACAUACCGCAUAUUCAUGCUUAAAAACUCUACCAACUCAGAGACAUCCGUGCCGCUGGGACUGAUCGAGAGUGUACAAACACGUGACCUGUUUCAAUUAAUUAUAAAUUGCAAGGACGCUAGUACAGUUAAAUGUUCCUUUGAAACAGCUGAGCAGUGCGCCGAAUGGCAGCGACGUAUUCAGUUGUCUGUGGGUGUGCCGGAAACAUUAGAAUCACUUUUCGCAUUUCCCUUCCACUCAUAUAUGUGUGAUGCGAUUAGCAUACAGAAUGGCGAUGUUGUUGGCAGAUUAGCCGCUGGAGGCGUCAUUGACAAUUCUACCGAGUACCUGGAACGCCUACAACGUGCCUCCCGCGAUGACGAAGACUUUAUGCGCGAAGUCGAACGACUCGGUUUCGAUUUAAAUGGCGCGUGGCGUAUUUCCAAAGCGAAUGAAGAGUUCAAAUUGUGUCCUUCGUAUCCGCAAAAAUUGCUGGUGCCGGGUUGCAUAUCGGACGAAAUGCUCAAUGAAGUGUCGAACUUUCGUGGUUCGCGGCGUCUGCCAGCCGUGGUGUGGCGUCAUCGGAAAUCGGGCGCAGUGAUUGCGCGUUGUAGUCAACCAGAGGUCGGCUGGUUUGGUUGGCGCAGUACCAAAGACGAACAACUACUCAAAGCUUUGGCCGAUGCUUGUGCCUUUGACAGAGGCGAGCAGAUGCGCCGUCUAAUGCAGUCCACCAAUCCUGGGCUAUUGAUGACUUCCGGCGAGAAUUCACCCUCAAGCGGUGAGAACAGUCAUGAGGAAGUUGCGCUGGACGAAGUGCGGAAAAUUCUCAUUGUGGAUGCGCGUAGCUACGCAUCCGCUGUAACGAAUCGAGCACGCGGUGGUGGUUGCGAAUGCAUUGAAUAUUAUCCGUGUGCGGAAAUUGAAUUUAUGAAUCUGGGUAACAUACACGUCAUACGAAGGAGUUUCCAUGCGCUCAGACAACUGUGCGCUUCCCCACCAGAUUGUCCCAACUGGUUAGGUUUACUCGAGAAGACGAUGUGGCUGCAGCAUCUCUCGGGAUUAUUGGCUGCUACCGUAACCGUAUGUCAUGCCAUCGAGAAGAAAGGUCGGCCAGUAUUGGUACACUGCUCUGAUGGAUGGGAUCGCACGCCACAAAUCGUGGCCACAGCAGAACUGUGCUUGGACCCUUACUAUCGCACUGUAGAGGGUUUCCGCGUAUUAGUCGAACGUGAAUGGCUAAGUUUUGGCCACAAAUAUUCUGAUCGCUGUGGUCAUGGGCCCGGUUCUGAUGAGCUAAAUGAAAGAUGUCCUGUUUUUUUACAAUGGCUGGAUUUGGUGCAUCAAAUACACAAACAAUUCCCAUGCAGUUUUGAAUUCAACAUGGCUUACUUGAUAAAAUUAGCACAACAUUCGCAUUCAUGUCUAUUUGGUACCUUUCUGUGCAACACCUACAAGGAGCGAUUGGAAAAGUCAGUAUUUGAGCGUACAUACUCAGUAUGGCCUUUUCUUUCAGGCCCAAUGUAUAAAAAUCCACUAUACUUACAAAACAGAGAUGCGGUAAUUUGGCCUGCGCAUCAUGUAAGAGACUUAUACCUAUGGACUGAUGUUUAUUUGGGCAGCUUGGGUAAUCAAAAUAGCAUUGAUUUUCCUAAUAAUAGUAACGAAAGUGUGCAGGGAUCGAUCAGUCCUAUGACAAAAACACGUUCAUAUGGUGAUUUAAUCUCAGCGAACAUUAUGCAAAGUGGAAUAUCACGUCGUUCGAGCGACCCAAACAUGACUGUGGAACCGAACUUAACUUUGGCUACGAAUUCGGAAAACAACUCCAUUGCGGAUACGCAAUCCGAACGUGAAGAUUCGCCAGACAACGUAAAUGAUACAAUACAAAAAAUACAAAAUCUCACCAUGCAACUAAAUAACCAGGACAAGGUAAACUACUUUAACGGUGGAAAACCUAUAGACGAAUUGUCAAAGGAAGAACGAAAAGAACUGAACGAUAAUGUAACGGACGUUGAAAAUGCUAUUGAAGACAUGUUUCAGCACGAUAAAUCUAAAAACUGCAACGAUAUGUUGUCAAUGGGUUCAAACAGUGCUCCACUUGAGGAGGAGCCCGAGCCAAACAUUUUCAAUUCAAACGAAAUUGACAUUACGCAUAAAAUAACUGAUGUUCAAAAUACUACAUAUAACGGCACUGAGGUGGAUGGUGUGAGUCAGAAUGAGAAUGUGAAUGCUGCUUUGGUGGCCACAGAGAUUAGAGAUUCGGGAGGUGGUAACAAAUUAGAUAUGUACAAGAAGUGCAUGAACGAGGAUCUGAUGUUGAGCGUCAAUUUAGGUGAUGUAAGCUACGAUGUUGACGGUACUGCUACAAGUGUAGCAGAUGAGCGGCAGAAUAUUUGGCAUGGCUCGAUCAAUACCAGCACAGAUACCUUAGUGCCGAUAGAGAGAAGGCAAAAUAACGAUUGUAGCGAAAUUAAAACAUUUGCCACGAAAGAAAUUGAUGUUGCCGAUGGUUUUGGUUCGCCAGAAAGAUUGUCCACAACGUCUGACAAAACGGAACUUGGCUUAACCUCUCCAUAUGUUUUAUUGAAACAAGAGCGCAAAACUGCAUCAACCUGUAAUACCAAUGGAAAUAGCAUUGGCGUCAAUGGCGUACAAAACAGUAUUUUACCAAAAGUUCAUGGCGUCAGUAGCACCUCGAAUCGUUCAAAUAUCUUGUCAACUUCAUCUAGUAAUGCCUCCGUCUCUUCUACAUCGUCUUCACUCAAUAACUUAAAUAAUAUUAGAAACAGCAACAAUAGCCUCGCAACAACUACGACCACACCAGAUAGGAAUUGUGACAAUAAAAGCGGGAAUGAAGCUGAUAUCGAUGAUCCCGACAUCGAUGACGACGAUGCUGCUGAUCCAUUUCCAAAUACUCAUGCGCAUUCCAGCGAUUCCAUGAAUGAAAGCAUCAUCAUUUUGCCAGAGCAUCGAAAAUUGGAAAUAUCUGUAAGUGGCAAAUGCCAGACAAUCUCGAAUAACGGGGUAUCAUUGCCGACGACACCAACUGGUUUUGCAACUAUGAGUGGUGGUGGUCAUGGGGAGAUCGGUAUGGUAGGUGGUGCAGCCACACAACGUCGACGACGCACUUCAUCGUCAAACUCCAAUCCAAAUCGCUACUUCGAUGGCAUUAACAUAAAACUAGCCAAUGGAAGCACAACACGGUUUUCUCUGCCUGGUGCACGAUCUUUGCCAAUGACACCGCCCGCACAACAGGAACGACCACAAAUUACAAUUUCCUGUCCAGACGGAUUGGCGCAUGCGCUGAGUGAACAAAAUCUGCGACUACAACAAAUUGUGCUUGAACACAAGGUGCGCGAGGAUGUAUUGUUGCGCGAAAUUCAUGACAUGCGUAUGGCAUUACUUAAGAAAAUAUGUCCUAGCUGUAACGUUGCACAAACAAACGCCAACGAUGAACAGUGUUCAGCUAUGGAUAAUAUUGAGAAUGCUUCGAUAUGCUCUUGGGAGGCAGUUGAAGAUCGCAGUGCUCCCUCUUCUAGCGCUAGUUCCUCCAUACAACAACCAAGCACCACAAGUGUCCUCUGGGUCCCCGAUCAUGCUGUGAAACGCUGCACCAGCUGUCAAGUCGAAUUCUGGAUAGGCCGACGAAGACAUCAUUGCCGUUCGUGUGGGCAGAUAUUUUGUGCCGACUGUUCAGAGUUUUGGGCACCACUACCUGAUGCAAAACUUUUCAAUCCCGUGAGAUUGUGUGGACCUUGUUACCAUGCCGUAACUACGAGAAUACAGCAACAGAGCCGUUCGGUUAUUACAACCAAUAUGCCAAAUUAUACAACCACAACCACCAGCACCUCUGCAAAUACUACAUCGGCAACUAAUGUCUACGCGCCUAGCGGUGGAGCCUCAAAGAACUUGCCCAAUAUUGUGGUGCCUACAGUUACCAGCACAGCGCCUGCAAUCCCAGUUGCAGUCGCAACUACAACUACACCUGCAUCAAGUACGUUGAUUAUGACAGCGCCUCCAAUACCUAUAACAGCGGCUGCUAUGCUACAACAGCAGCAGCAACAAAGACAAAAUGCAGCAGUAGCCGCUAGCGCUACUGUAGCCGCUGCAGCCGCAGCUACAAGCACACAAAUCGAAAGUAACAGCAUGUCGCACAUGUUGAUGGCGGCGAACAAAAAUAUUGCAGCAAGUGUUGCAAAUUAAUAUUUGCCUUGCAGUCGCAUUGCAUGAUGAGCAAGUAAAAAUCAUUUUGUUUCAUUUCGUAGCAGAAAUUAAAUUUUAAUGAACAUUCUUAUAAGAGACCUCUAACAUGCUGUUAAUUGCGAGUGUAGCAGCUUAACAGCGAAUGCUGUUACACAUUAGUAACAUUUGGAAAACGAACGCGAGAGAGACUGUGCUGCCAGACUGUCGGCAACGUUGUUGCCAUCGUGCCUAGACAAGUGUGGAUUUUAUUGCUUAACGCGUGCUUGUAUUUUAAAUUCUCAACUUUUUUUCUUUCUUAUCUUACACUUUAGUUAUUUGCAUUUUCUUUGCUAACUGUGAAGAAAAUAGAAAUGCGUAACAACUAUCAAGCAGUUGUAUGUAUUUCCAUUUUGGUAAUUUUGAAAACGAAAUUUAACAUAAAAAAAAUCAGUUUACGUAACUGUAUUGUGUUAAAUAAUUAUUGAAGUAAAAAUAAUGUUAACGCAAUAAGUUUUUCUGAAAAAAGUCUAGGUAGUAAAUUACAAAUCCUUCUGUAUGUGUAUGUUUAUACAUACAUUUCUGCAGAAAUGUUAAUUUGGAGAGCAAAAUUAGUAAAAAUUAGACACUUUGCUUUAUAUUGUAUAUGUAUGCAUAACUUUAUAAAUUUACAAAUGUAAAUUGUUCGUAAAAUGUUUAAGACAAAAUUGAUUUAUGCUGUUCAAAACGAAAUUAAAAGCGAAUUUGUUAAAAAAAAAUAGCAAAUAAAAUUGAAAGAACAUUAAAAAA